UCUAUGUACUCACGAAAACCUGGUCAUUUCACCAGACCUAAUAAUAUAAGCCGGACAUAAUUACGUCCGUCCCACCCUGACUUUGCGGAAUUUCCAGCUUUUCUAAAAUUUGCUUUAUCCUCUUUUCUGACUCACACCCAAAAAAGACACCUACCAACCUACCAACCUACCAACUUACCUUAACCUACCAACCCUUAACCAUUAACUAUUAACUAAGAAGACGAGUUUGGUUACAUCGUCAUCGUCAUCGUCAUCGUCAUCGUUGUUGACUAGCAGAAGACUGCGCUGCGUCGUAUAAUAUUCUGAAUAAGCUAGUCGACAAGAUGGCUGAGCCACGAUACCGUUAUUCGGGUCGUAGGUCGCCUCAGUUUAACCCCGCGCGAGCAUCGAUGCCCGUGAGCAUUGGGUAUAACCCUCAUUACAGCGGGGAUCUUCAUACGGUUCAGACGGCUCGUUAUGAUGCCGCUGUUCCAAGAAGAGCGACUGAUCAUAAAGCGCCUUCGAAUCCCACUGCUACUAUCACCACCUACAACGUUACUAAAGAGCCUGGCGCUGCUACUGCUGCUGCUACCGUCGCGGCGCAACGAAGCUCUAAUUCCAAUACAUCCCGUCGUCGCUCGUCAACGGUAGAUACCAAUCCUGUGAAGCCUAUCAUAGUCACCACCAAUCACGCCAGUCGACCUCACGGUACCGCUUCUCAUACGUCGUCUGCCGCGCGCACAACCAGCCCGUCGCGCGAUCCUUACCGGUCAAGCGAUGAAACCUACUAUACGCAACCGGCCUCUUCAAUACGUUCUCGAAGCCAGGCCCGAUAUGGCCACGGUUAUACCCAAAGCGCAACCUUGAGCAAUGAAGAAUUCUCUCGGUUGAGGGAGCGAGUCGGCGACGACAGACUUCGACCACCAACGCAUGUCGCAACUGAUUAUUACCGCUCUUCGCUUCCUCAUGCCAACUAUACGGCUCCUUCCUACGACCUUAACAACACGGCAGUUGUCGAUUAUGAUAACGAAGGCUAUGAGUAUACAAAACCUAGCGAUUUGGCCAGGUACGAUUUAGAUCAUGAUCGCCAGCUAGCGCAUAGAAGUCGAAAGGAGAGCCUUGAUCGUUCUUACCACCGCCCUACCGUGAAUGUCGUGAGUAAUGAUCUGGGCCGUUACGAUACUCGCGGUCGCGGACCACCUCCUGCAUCCGGCGCACUCGACCGUUACAACAGAACUACAGCCACAGGUAUUUAUGAUCGUCCUACCGUCACUAUGCCUGCUUUACCACCACCGGUACCUGCUGCUCCGCCGGUUGAUCCCCUACGCCGGAUUGAAGCGCCGAGAGACCCGUCGCCAGACCGCAAGGCAGCUCGACCGCGCCCAGUUUCUUUAUAUCAAGAUACGCCAGCGCGCAUGUCGCAUCCGGAUGAACUUUAUCGCUCCCACGAUGACGAGCGCGUGCACCGUCGCUCAGAUCGCAAGGACGGAUACCGCGAUGACGAUGUCCCCGCUCGUGGAUUUGGGAUUCGCACGAACACGCUGGAACCAGAGCGCUCGGAUCGUCCGGCAAGGUCAGUUGAUCGGCGCGACUACGAUGAUCGACGUCAGCGACGAGACGUAGCAGAGCGCGAGCCUCGACGCCGCUCUGAUGAGUCGAUCGACUACACUCGGAGUCAUGAUUCCCGGAAGCCUGCCGAGGACACCGUAAGCCGAACCAACUCAGUUCGGGACCAAAGAGAUAGCGCCACCCAGAAGAACGGUGUAGGCGGUCGGACUCGUGACAAAGUCGUCGCCGGAUUAGGUGUUGCUGCUGCGGCGGCGGUGGGUCUUGCACCCAGAGAUACUACUACUAAGGAUGACGAUCGGAAGGUUUCUCCACGACGACGGGACCCGGAUGAAGAUAAAGACGCCGGAAGCUCUCGCACCGCGGAUAAGUAUAAGCCCAAAGAGAAGGAUAUAGAACGAAAAGCAUCCAUUCGAGAAGAACCAGUCGCUGUAGACUCGCGACGGGAAUCCCGGAGAGAGCAGACGGACUCGACAUCAGGUUCUAGGGAGCGCGAACUCGAAAGGGAACGUGUCCGUGAGCGAGCUUAUGAGCGCGAACGGGAGAGGGAACGAGACCAACGGGAAUUUGAGAAGGAACGGGAGCGGGAGCGAGAACGAGAGAAAGAAGCACUUCAGCGAGAACGUGAAAUAGAACGAGAGGCUGAACGUGAACGCGAGCGCAGCGGCCGGGAUGACAAAACCAGAGUCAACGGAUCCGCCGCGGCAGACUCGAAAGACGACUCGUUAAAUCCUGACGACUCUACACCAGCACCGCGAAGGCGGCGUCGUAACUCUUCGACCUUUGAUCCUACAGACACAAUUGAUUUGCUGGAUGUAAAAGCGGAACUGGCCGCAAAAGAGGACCAGGACAAGACAAAGGAGAAGCCAGCCACCAAGGAGGCAGUAUCGGAAAAGGAGACGACUCGUUCUGUUUCUGUGGAGCGUAUGUCGACCACCUCGCGUGAGGAAUCUCGCGGCCGUGAUGCCGCCAUUGCAGAGAAGGAGAAGCAAGUCCGAGUUGUCUCGCCUCCACGAGAGAAGUCUGAUCAGAAGCCUAUCAAGGGCAUCCUAAAGCCGCCAAGCGCAAAGUUCCCCGAGGAUCAAAACCCCAUCCGAGAAGGCGUCGCGCCACACAAGGAUGACAAGACGAAGAAGGGUGUCCCACCGGGUGCACGGUGGACCAAGAUCAACAGGAAACUGAUCAACCCCGCCGCCCUGGAGAAUGGCAAGGAGCGCUUCGAAGUCCGCGACGACUUCGUCAUCGUUCUACGGGUGUUAACCAAGGAGGACAUCCAGAAAUACGCCAACGACACGGCCAAAAUUCGAGCGGAGAAGAGAAGAGAAUACGAGAAGCAGUUUGGCCAGGAGCGCAACUACGAGUCUCACCGCGAGGACCGCGACUACUCGGAUGACGAGAGGCGUAUUCACCACAACCCUCGCGAUCACAAGACCGACCACGACUAUAGAAAGUACCGUGACCGGGAUGACGACAGAGAGCGUCCUCGCCGCGCACACAGGCAAGGUUCGGACUCCGAGGACGACGCCCGGGGCCGUCGGGCAAUCGAAUACGACGUCAGCAGCAACACCAGCCACGAUACCCGCCCCCACCGCCCUCACCGGGACUACGACUCCGUCUCUACCAAGGCAAGCGACAGGCGUUAGUUAAGCCAAGCUAGCCUACCCUUUCCCGCGACUACUAUAUAAAAUAUGUACAUGAUACAUACCUAACAUACGCUAUUUACUCGUUCCAUGUAUACAU